AUGGCGACGCCCACCACCCUCGCGGACCUAGCCGGCUGGGCGGCGUCUCGGUACGGCGAUGCUCCCUUUCUGCAGACCUGGUCCGCACACCGCGGCCUCGACGCCACGCUGUCGUUCCACGCCUUUAACGAGCUGGAGUGCCGGUUCCGCGCGGCGCUGGCGGCGCUGCUCGCGUCGCACGGCGUGCGACCAAAGGGCGCUCGGCUGGCGCUGCUCUGCCACGCGUGCGCCGACUCGCUCGCCCUCACCCUCUCCGCUCCGGCGCUCGGAGUCACGGUCGUGUCUCUGAACUGGAAGCAGCCGGCCGCGACGCUGGCUCUGCUGACGCGCGGCCUCGGAUGCGAGGUCGUCACCGCCGGCCGCGGCCUCGCCGCCCUGGCCCGCGAGGUGGUCUGCGGCGCGGUGGUCGGCGGAGGCGGGGCCCCGCUGCUCUUCCUCCUCUCUGGCGCAGAGUCGGAGCUCUCCCCUCCGCUCCACGCCGCCCGCGAGGCUCCGCUGACGUGCGCAUCCGCCGCGGCCGGCCGGCACAGCAGCCGCGCCGCGCCCGCCGGGCUCGACGAGCUCGAGGCGGGCGGCGGCGUCGCUCCUCGAGACACGGCGCUGAUCCUCUUCACCUCUGGCACCUCCGGCACGCCAAAGCCGGUGCCCCUCUCCCACUCCGCGCUGCUCUGGUCGAGCCGCGCAAAGGCGGCGGCGGAGGAGCGCUUCCUCGGCCUCCCCUCCUCCUCCUCCAUCGGCAAGGCUCCCGCCCACCGCGGCACCCUCGCGCUGCUGCCCGCCUUCCACGUCAUCGGCAUCGUCAACAACUUCGUCUACAACCUCCUCACGGGCACGCGCGCCACCGCUUUCGCAGAGGCGCACUCGACGCCGCUCACCGGCCGGCUGCUCCUCGCUGCUACGGCCGAGCUGAGGCCGUCCCUCCUCGACACGGUGGCACCGCUGCUCACCCUGACCACUGCCCAACCCCACCCCGACCCCGACCCCAGCCCCAGCCCCAACCCCAACCAGGUGCCCGUGCUGCUCGAGUCGCUGCUACCGCUCUCACGCGCGGAGGCGGCGCCGCUGCGCUCCUGCGACGCGGUGCUGUACGGAGGGGCGCCGAUGGGCCCCUCCGCCCUCGCCGCGUGGCGCCAGCUGGGCGUGUGGCCAGCCUCGCAGUACGGCCAGACCGAGCUGGGAGGCAUGGCGAUGAUUGGCACGCCUCGCGGGCCGGCCGGGGCUCUGCGGCCGGUGCCCGGCAUCCGCGCGCGCCUCUCGGCCGCGGAUGGUCGGGCGGGCGAGGGCGGCGCCGGUGCGGUGUGCGGCGAGCUGCUGCUUUGCGGUGCGGGCGGGCUGACCUCGGGCUACCUCCCUCUCGCGGGAUGUGGGGUGGCGGUCGCGGAGGAGGCUGGGGAGGGGGCGGGGAGGGGGGGCCGGGAGGAGGGGCACGGCGAGGCGGGCGACUGGGCGACGGGGGACCUCUUCGAGCUCGUCGCGCCGGAGGGGGAGGGGGAGGGCGGCGGCGGCGGCGAGGAGGGCGGCGGCGAGAGCUGGUUUCGCCACGUGUGCCGCGAGCUCGCUGACCCAACCUCCUUCGAGCGGGCGAUGAUGGCAGCCAUGGCGGACGAGGCGCAGAUGGCGUCCGGCGGCUGGAGGGCCACCGGCUGCGUCGCCUUCGGCUCCUCCCGCCCGUGCCCCGCCGCCGUCUUGGAAAUCGCGCCUCCCGGGGGAGCAGGAGGCGGAGGGCGAGGCGGGGGUCGGCCAGGAGGAGGCGGAGGGCGAGGCGAGGGCCGGCCGUCUCGGCGGGAGCUGCUCACAGGGCGGCACUUGCGGGACACGUCUGCCGCUGCGCAAGGCGCGUGGCAGGAGGAGGCGCAUGCCGCCGCGAUGCGCGCUCUCGAGGCGGCGAACGGAGCGGUGCCGAGCUACGCGGCCGUCCCUCCGCCGCUGCUGUACCUCUUCGUGGCGGGCGCCUCGCGCUGCCCCUCCGGCGACUCGGCGCCGCUCGCGCGGACCGCCAAGGGCGGCAUCGUGAGGCGCGGCGUCGAGGCGCGGUUCGGGCGCUGGCUCGACGCCGCCUUCGCCGACGCGGCGGCGGCGAGGGGCGGCAAAGGGCGGGGCGAGGGCGACGGGGGCGGCGAGGGCGGCGCGAUGGACUCGCUCGGGCUGGCGGCGCUGGCGGGCGGGGGAGGCGGAGUGGCGGUGGAGGGGUACGACGCCGUGCUGCUGCACGUCAAGGUCGCGCUGCUGCUGCCGGUGCUGCUGCGCCACCUCCAGCGCUUCACCAUCCGCACCUGCCACGCCUGGGAGCGAACCUCGGCGGUGGCGGUGCCCACGUGCGCCUUCAACAACGUCGCUCAGACCGGCGCCGCGGAAGGGCUCGCCUUCCUCUCGGGCGCCGCCGUGGUCGCGCCUCUGCUGCUGCUGACUGCCUUCCGGCACGGCAUGCACCCUGCCCUCGAGCUCCUCGCGUCGAAUCGAGUCGACAUCGGCACGGCGCACCUCUGGUUCAUCCUCACCGCGCUCGCCCUCCCCCUCUCGCGCCUCCCGCGCGGCUCCGCCGCUCGCCGCCGCGCCCCCGCCGCCGCCGCCGCCGCCGCGCUCGCGCUGCGCCUCUUCUACUUUCGCGGCGAGCGCGCGCACAUCGGGCUGCAGGGCUGGCCGGCGCUGCGCCGCUUCGCCUUCUACGCCGCCUUUGGAGACAAGAACUUUGCGCAGGUCGUGCACAAUUUGCCGCUCGUCCUGCUGGGCUACGCUUGCCGCCGCGACACGCUCGUUCCCCUCGCCGCGCCGCGCCACUGGGCCGUCACGGCGACCCUCUGCUUGCUGACCUUCGUCGCGGACCCGCUGCUCUUCGGCCUCUUCCCGCAAGCCUCGCGCCGGCGAGCCGAGGAGCCGCUCUACACGUACUGCCGCGCGGGCUUGCGGCUGGCCGCGCUCUUCUCGCUGCUCCCUCGCCGCCGCACGGCGCUGACCGACGCCGGCCGCUCUCAGCUGCUCGCCUAUUUGCUGCACGACGCCGUCUUCUCGCUCGGUUGGCUCCUCCUCUCGGGCGGCUCGCGCCACGUCGGAGGGACCUACUCCGAGUGGAAGCAGGCGGCGGCGGCCUCGUGGGAGUCCGCCACCACUGGCCCCCUCGCAGCGCUCGGCACCGCCGCCGCCGCCGCCGCGCUCUUUGUCGCGUAUGUCGGCUUGGCGCUCGCGCUGCAGGUUGCGCUCUCGCGGCCGCGCGACACCGCCGACGCGGUGCGUGGUGUGGCUGCCGCUGCGUCGCGCUUCGCCGGCGCCGCAUAUUUGCACGCGCGGUUGGCGUUGCUCGGUGGUUUGCGCGCCUGCGGUGGAGCCGGCUACAAACGGGUACCGUCCGCGGAGGCCGACUAG